CGAUGCUGUCAAAAGUGGCAUCGCUGCGGAGAAAGGCAAACGCUUGUUGUGCAAACAGAUUCGGCUGAUUUUUUUUUUGCUGCUCGCAACUCUUUCUUAAAUUAAUAAUUAUGCAGCUCAAUGCAGUGGCAAGACUGUUCUACAGUCCGCGGCUGUUGCUUUCCACAAGACAACCGGGGUCACUGUCCUCCGUGCCAUCCUGUGGGCUGCACGCAACGGCCACCCUGAACGAUGCCGGCACUGCCACCAAAUCGGUCCCGGAAAAACCAAAACGCCCGAUGAACACUUACAUAAGGUUCGCGCAAAGCAUCCGGUCCUCGCUGGCCAGCGCCAACCCACAGGCUUCCCCCACGGACAUUUCCAAGCUAGCCGCCGUCAAGUGGCAGUCGCUCGACCAAGCCACCAAAGCGAAGCUGGAGGAAGAGUACAAGCGCGAGCAGGCGGUGUGGUUGCAGAAGAACGCCAAAUAUCUCAGCCAGCUGACCGAUGCGCAGAAGGCGGAAAUAAAGCUCGAGCGGCAGCAGCGCAACGAGGGCAAGGUGAAGCGCGAACAGAAGCGCAUGCUGAAGGAGCUCGGCCGCCCCAAGCGCCCGAUGAAUGCGUACCUGCGGUUCUGCGCCCAAAACAAACCGGCGCCCGGCCUGUCGAAGGAGGACAACAAGAUGCAGAUGAAAAACCUGGGCAUGCAGUGGAAACGGCUACCGGAGGGGGAGCGGGAGCGCUACACUAAAGAGGCGGAAGCGGAAAUGAAGCGCUACCAGGAGGAGAUGAAGGUGUGGGAAGAUAAAAUGCUUGCCGCGGAAAAUGUGAUCGCGGUGCGGAAGAAGAACGUACUUCUGCCACCGUCGCCGGCGUCCGUAAAGGCGAAGAAGGGUGGCAUUCCGGUGGUGGACAGUGCACCGGUAGCAAAGCCGAAGAAACCAACCAGUGCUGCCCGUCCAUAGGAACUCGGGUGUCCCGCUUUGUCUGGGGAAAGCAACGCGCAAAGCGUCCACCCAGCACGCACCGUUGUAGAAGGUGAACCAAAGCGAAACGUUACAGCGCCAGACCAAAACCACCUCCAGGCGGGUAGGGACACGAGUGAAGGAUUGAAGCCGCCACCGGUGGCACCCAGCACAGCAUCCACGCGAGAACCACAGCAGCAGCAGGAGAAGCAGCAGCAAGAAGAGCACCAGCAGAAGGGUAUAGUGAACAAGUUGAAAUCGAUCUUUAAAUUCUGACACUGGUUGCGCUGCAUGGAGGACAGGGCAUUGCUGUUGGCCGUCUCAUACUGGCUGCUCGUGUAUCCAUGUUAACUCCAUGCCCCCCAUGCUUGCCCGCUGCCCUUGUUGUGAGCAUUUGUAUUUUGUUGUGUGAUUUUUUCUUCUACAUUUUCGUUUUGAAUUGCCAUUUAAUAACAGAUCAUUGCAUUUGAAUGGGAAAAGGAACAAGCAUUAUAACGACAUAAAGUAGACGCCAUAAAGCUAACUAUUAGUAGUAACUGAAGGAA